GCAACGUCCUCGACGGUGGCGAUCACCGGGCCCUGCUGCAGCAGGCAGCGGCGUUUGCUAGACGGCCCAGUGAGAUAACCAAGCUAAUCAAGCGUGUCCACAAUCUCAUCGGCAACAGCCGGCGGUGAUGGCAGACGGCGGGGAGGCGCCCAGCAGCGCCAAGACGCCGGCAGACUUUCUGAAAAGCAUCAAGGGCAAGCCCGUCGUAGUGAAGCUCAACUCGGGCGUAGACUACCGAGGCAUCCUGGCCUGCCUGGAUGGCUACAUGAACAUCGCGAUGGAGCAGACAGAGGAGUACGUCAACGGGCAGCUCAAAAACAAGUAUGGUGACUGCUUCAUCCGCGGCAACAACGUGCUUUACAUCAGCACGGUGCGGCAUCACUGAGAGAGCGCGUACCUUUCAAAGCUCGGUUACAGGCGGGCGGCGUGCUUCUCUGGCAACCAACAUAAGAAAUACCAGCAUAAUGUUGAUGGCUGGAACGGAUGCAUAAAGGCGUGACAUUCACUCUCAAAUGAAGGACAGGCUGCGCACUUAAGGCACCGAGUCGGC